ACGUACAAGAGUUGCUGUUGCAUAUCAGAGUGAGACAAAACUGUUGAGACAGAUGCUCUAUUAUGUUUUAACGACUGGCGCUGGAAAACAGACCCUAGGAGAAGAGUAUUGCGACAUUACUCAGCAUUUCCAGGUUGCACGACCCCACGGACUUCCUCCAACUCCAGCUAGGCGUUCUCUGUUUAUUGUUUAUCAGACAGCAUUCCCGUAUAUUGCAGAAAGGAUCAGCUCGCGUAUUGCUUCCUUAGGAAUCACAAUGGAUGAUUCAUUAUCUGAUGAGAUAACAGAGAAUACUUCAAACAUUCAAAUUCAGUCCUCUGCUAAUUCAGGAGCCCGAGUUUCAGCUUUGUCGAGAUUGAAAUCUAGAUUUAGUGGAUUAUGGUUAUAUGCAGUUCAGAGGUGGCCCUCAAUGGUACCUAUAGCCCGUGAGUUUUUCACGUUGAUUCUCCGGACAAACCUCAUGUUCUUCUAUUUCGAAGGACUUUUCUAUCAUUUAUCAAAAAGAGCUGCUCGCGUUCGUUACGUGUUUAUUGGCAAACCAAACAAUCAACGACCUAGAUAUCAAAUACUGGGGGUUUUCCUCCUAGUUCAGCUGUGUAUACUUGCUGCAGAAGGAUUGAGGAGAAGCAAUUUAUCUUCUUUGGCUACUUCUUUUCAACAAACAUCUCUCGGAACUUAUCAAACUUCAGGAGGAAGAGGUUUGCCUGUUCUAAACGAGGAAGGUAGUCUGGCAGCUGACGACUCCGGAAAGAGUACUUGGGUUCCCGAAUCCACAUCUACUUCAGAGGUCACCAAGCAAUUCUUUGUUGUUGUAGAAAGGGAAGAAUGGAAAUUUGAAACUUCAUGCGAUUUAUAUGGUACCCUCACAAUUAUCGGAGCUGUUAUAUUCUGUAACACGAAGCGCAAGUUUCUCACGCAUCUCAGAGUCAUUUUCAUUCAGAGGAUCCCUCGGUGGAGUAAAGCCAGGACGAUGAUCUUGUGCAAGUUUUUCACGCAUCUCAGAGUCAUUUUCAUUCAGAGGAUUCCUCGGCGGAGUAAAGCCAGGACGAUGAUCAUUGUCGUUCGGGCCAGGUGGAUCAUUGUCGUUCGGGCCAGGUGGAUCAUUGUCGUUCGGGCCAGGUGGAUCAUUGUCGUUCGGGCCAGGUGGAUCAUUGUCGUUCGGAGCAGGAUUCCUCGGAAUUACAGUAGAGGUAUGAGAAGGUCUAUUAAACUUUCUUUUUUUUCCCGGACCAGCCUUAUUUGCGUACACCGGUUUCUUUGUUUGUUCCCUCGGAGAACGCCUCGACGGAGAAGGGGCGAUUUCCGUGGUUGUUUGGUUUCGAAGAGAACGCCUUAGAGGUUGACUGGGGUUCUGAGUAGUGACUGGAGCGGAAGAACGAGGUGCCAGCUCUGAAGAAGCAUUGGUCGGAUUAGAAACUUCUUGAAGAUUGGUCGGUGCUUCUCGAGGAUUGGUCGGAGUAGAACCGUUCGGAUUAGAAACUUCUCGAGGAUUGUUCGGAGUAGAACCAGCUCCGAGAUCUCUGAGAUUGGUCGGAGUAGAACCGUUCGGAGUAGAACCAGCUCCGAGAUCUCCGAGAUUGGUCGGAGUAGAACCGUUCGGAGUAGAACCAGCUCUGAGAUCUCCGAGAUUGGUCGGAGUAGAACCGUUCGGAGUAGCACCAUCUCCUCCGAGAUUGGUCGGAUCAUGCAGAGAGAGAUCAGCAAGGUCGGGAAGAUUAUCCCCUCCAUCAUCUUGAUCUGUAAUUAUUAUUAUUUAAAAAAAAAAAAAAAAAAAAAAAAAAAAAAAAGAAACCGUUCAAUUACCGUUUCCAUCGGAAUCAUCGACCAUCAUAUCAUCGAAAUAAUCUUCAAUCUUGAAUUUGUUGAACGGUUUUGGUUCAAGGUCUGUAUAUAAUAGUUACACUAGGAGUUAAUUUUAUGAGUAAAAAGCAGUUUGCCACCUAAA